AGAGUAUCGAAAAAUAGAAAGCACAAAAGAGAAAGCAUGAAACUCUUACCUCAAAUCCAUAUGCUUCUUCUCUCCAUAGCCAUUCUUCUCUUCAUCACACCAUCAUCAUCAUCAUCAUCAUCAUUAUCACCAUCUCCAUCAUCAUCGUCACCCUUAUUAUCACCAUCAUUAUUACCAUCACCAUCAAAACCAUUAUCACCAUCACCACCACCAUCAUCAUUAUCACCAUCACCAUCAAAACCAUUAUCACCAACAUCACUGCCACCAUCAUCACCACCACCAUCAUCAUUAUCACCAUCAUCACCACCACCAUCAUAUACAUCACCAACAUCACCACUACCAUCAUCAAUCCCACCACCAUCAUCACUUCCACCAUCAUAUUCAUCACCAACAUCACCACCACCACCAUCAUCAUCUUUAUCAACACAUCAAAACCAAACCAACUUAGAUUACAUCAAAACUUCAUGCAACCUCACAAUCUACAAAACCCUUUGCUACACCUCUCUAUCUCCUUACGCCUCAAAAAUCAUUUCCAACCCUCAAAAACUAUCCGUCACAGCCCUUAAUCUCACUCUCUCCUCCGCCAAGUCCGCCUCUACAUUCAUCAAAAACAUUUCUCAUGGAGGUGGCCUAACAGGUUUGGAAGCAGUUGCGGUUGCUGAUUGCGUCGAAGAGAUUGGAAACUCGGUGAUUUCGCUUCAAGAUUCGAUGAGAGAGUUGGACUCGGUCAACCAUACAGAUAUUGCCAAGUUUCAGAUGGUCAUGUCGGAUGUUGAGACAUGGGUUAGUGCUGCUCUCACGAAUGAUGAGACGUGUAUGGAUGGUUUCAGCCGAAUCAAAUCAGUCGUGAAAGAUUUGGUUCGGCAACAUGUUGUUCAGGUCGCUCGGCUGACUAGCAACGCUCUCGCUCUCAUUAAUAUGUACGCUUCCACGCAAGAAAACUUAUCAUAUAGUUAAUACACCAAAAAAAAAAAAAAUACUUCUAUUACAAAACUAUGAUUGUUGUAUGCAUGCAUGUGAUGUAUACUUUAGGUAUUGUGAAUUUUUUUUCUGUGUAUAAACAUUGUUUUGUGAAGAUUUUAGUAUAUUUUUGACCGAAAGUGAUUCAUCAUUAUAAUUAGAAUCAUAAUCAUAGUCUGUCAUGUUAAGCAACCUAGUUAUAUACACUUGUAUUCUACCUUUGUUUU